AGAGAACAUCUAUAUUCUUCAACAACAAAUUGAUUUGACGAGAAAAUUACAAAAAAGUGUUAGUAGCGAAGACAAUUCUUAGUAUUAUCGAUGCUUUUAAUAGAAAUAAAAGGUCAAUUAAAAACGUGUUCUUUUAUCAACAACAAUUUCUAUUAUCCAUUUCAAUUUUUUUUUAUUUCCAAUGUUAUUUGUUAUUAAUCUUUAACAACAUGGCAACGGAUGAACCUGUGGAUCAAACUGACUUGACUUGCGUCGAAGAAAGUCUUAUGAGUUUGGAAAAACUAGACAGAGCAUCGCCAGACUUAUGGCCAGAGCAAACGACCGAUGAAGUUCCAGGUGUAAACGAGUUUGUAGUUAAAAAUUCUCCUCAGUUAGAGCCAGCUACCUGGGCAUCUGGAUUAACUGCGGAAGACCUGAAUCAGUUACACCAAUUGGGAAAUUUAUCUAUGACAGGACUUAUAUCAGAAGUCAAAAAAUUACACGAUUUAGCUUAUCAACUUGGUAUGGAAGAGGCUAAAGAAAUGACACGUGGCAAAUAUUUAAAUAUAUUUAAACAUAAGCUAUAGUAGAAGUAAUCAUUGAGAUUUGGUGGGAAACAAAUGAAUGUAAUAUAUGUAUCUGUGUUAAUUAGGUUUUAAGGUAAAAAUCUAUAAAUUGUCAUUAUUUAUAUAUAUAAAGUAUUUAAAGAUUUUCUAAAA